AUGUGCGGCCUGUGCGCGCCCUGUGUGCGCGGCUCUGUGGCCGCUUUGUGUCCGCGGCCGGCGGUGUUGGCCGGCGGAGGGAGGGACGUGAAUCGGCCCUUUGUCCGCCGGCGGCCCCGGCGCUACGUGCCCGAGGGGCCGGUGGGCGCGAUGCGCGAUGGGUUAGCCCCCCAGUCCGAGGCCAUCGUGAUCUACACAGGCUGGGACCGGCACGCCCUGGUGGGCUCCGAGGUGCGCCUCUACUGCUCCUUCUUCUCCUGGCGCUGGACCUCCGAGGACGUCACCUUCUCCUGGAGCUACCGGCCCGAUGGCUCCCGGGACAGCAUCUCGAUCUUCCACUACACCGGAGGCAUGCCCUACGUGGAUAACAAGGGACCCUUCAGAGACCGCCUGGAGUUCAUUGGGAAUCCCCGCCGGAGAGACGGCUCCAUCCUGAUCCGGAACCUGGACUACAGUGACAACGGCACCUUCACCUGCGACGCCAAGAACCCCCCAGACAUAGUGGGGAGACCCUCCAACGUGAGGCUCCUGGUCUACGACAAAGUGCCUGUCCGAGCUGGAGUCAUUACUGGAGCAAUCAUCGGCUCAGUCCUGGGGCUGCUCAUCCUGGUGGUGGCCAUCUACUACCUAAUGAGGUUCCUGGUGGCGAGGAGGGUCUUCAACCUCAGUGUGAGCAAACUUGAGAAGGGAAAGAAAGGCAAAGGCAAAGAGGGCUCACAACAGAGACAGGGACCAGUGCUGUACGCCACGCUGGAUCAGUCCAGUAAGCUGCUGAAGGGGGUCGGCUCGGAGAAGAAGAAGUCGGGGGACUCGAGGAAGGAUAAAAAAUAGGAUACGGCGAGCAGAGAGCUAGCAACAGAGCAAAGGGACCAAAUUGGCACCAAGAAAAAAGAGAGCAGGCGGGAGAGGAAAGAACGAGAGAAGCGCGAGAGGGCGAGGGAGGGGGAGGGGGCGGGAGAGGACGGGAGCAGGUCGCCCAAGUCUCCCAAGAGUUCCCGGGUGGUCAUGACCAUCGAGCUGGAGCUCACGGGAGACGGGAAGACGGCCCCGGGCGAGGGCCAGGAGGGAAAAGGCGAACAGCCCCCAGAGAUCCCCAAGAAAUCCUCUAGCUUCCUCUCGCAGCUCUCCAACAAGCUCAGCCCCAAGAACAACGGCUAGCCGCCCAGGUCGGAGGAGAACGCGACCGUUCCCGCCAGGAGAGAGUUUAACCGUAAACACCAAGCGUCUGUUGUUCUGUUUUCCGGGUUCAUCUCUGUGUUUGAGGGCUUCCCCAAACAUCAUCACGAAGAACCCAGAGACCGGGCAGCGGCAAAAAAGUUGAACCGUGCGUCCGACCAAAACGGCUAUCUCGGAGAACGGGCACGUUCACCAUUUCCCGCCCUUGAAAAUCGUUAUCCACGACUUCAAACACCGGCUUAUAAAAAAAAAAACGGUCUCGGUGCGAUCAAUCCGACAACUGUCACGAGAGGCGAUUUUGCGGCCCGUUUCGAAUCCCUCACGUGCUUCGGUUUAUUUUAAAAAAAGGGGGAGGUUGGGGGGGAGGAAGAAAAUAAGAUACGAUUUUGGCCCAAGUUACAUAAAAUACCCUCCAUUUGCAGAACUACUGCCCUAGUGUGUCAUGGCGGAUAUUCACCAAAUGCAAACAAGCAGCCUUUUAUUUAAAAAAAACAUAAAAAACAAAGUUUCGGUUACACUCCCAGAAAUCCCAUUUUGUGCAAGGCUAAGACACUGCCCUGUAGGAUUGUAGUCAUGAGCUGACAGAUCACUGAAUGCAAAACAUGCGCCUCAAGUGCCAUAAUCCACAAUACACUUCCAGUGUUCUGUAGGUUCAGAACCUCGAUUUUGCAAGUUUACUGAUUGAUUGAGCCAUUGGUGGACUGAUUGAUCGAGUGAUUGGUUGAUUUCAGGACAAGCUGUAUGCUAUAUGUGCUUUAACAAUGUUGUUUUUCUCGCUUGUUUCAUUUUGCUAAACAAAUUUACAGAUAGACUUGUGUCCUAAGGCUAAAUUUCCCAAAUGUUAAAGGAUUAUCUGCUCAACGAAAUGUCUUGUUCAAUUAGGUUUGUGCAGACCUUUAUCUGUAAAGCCUUUUACAUUUGCAUGUUUUUCCGGCACUAAUUCUCUUUUUCCUUUCCCCCUCUCUGUCUCUCUGUCUCUUUCUCUCCUGUGCUUCAUUCAACCCAUCCUGGCAAGAUAUUUUAAGUCAAUAUCGCUAUGAACUAAAUGGCAGCAGACAGCUGUUUCUAUGAAACCAGUAAUUGAACCUGUUUUACGGGGGAUACACCUGCAACCUUACUGUUUGUUUCUCUUCUCGGCACAUAAAUUAAUGAGCGGCUCUCAUUGAUGAAGUUCAAUAUUGAGACCAUGUCGUGAUUUACCUGUCUUUUCCAUUUACAACCAAUGUCACAGGAACAAAAAAAGCACUUAAAAAGUUAACGCUUUUAAACCACGUUAACAUCCGCAUUAAAUAGAAAUGUUGGUUGCUACAUAUGUAUCUGACUCUCAGAGCUGUACUUAAAUGUGUAAAUUGAAGAUCGGUUUCAUGGUGCGAACUUUACUAAAGUAAAUACUUUAGAUCCUUAACUUGUAGCUGCAGUGGUGUGAGGUUGUCUAAUUUGUAAAGACUCUUUGUGCGUUACAAGCCUCUUAUUUCUUCCUGUCUAUCGUUUCUUCUAAAAGCUGCACGUCCAACCCCAGUCACUGACUCUAACUUCCUGUCCUGUUUCCUCCUAAUUGAUAAAGGGUCUGAACAUCCCUAGCAUCCCACGACCCCCCCAAAAAUCCAAUUGUCGGGAUAGCAUGUGGCACACCAAUGGAGCUAUUACAUCCUGACAAGACGUUUUAGCAUCCAGGUCCAUGUGAAACGAGCGACUCUCACGACGAUGAGCUUCACUCAUGGGGAGUUGGGGGGCUCUGUCGUUUCGGUCGGUUGCAGUUUACUUGAAGCGCAUAUUUAAGGAACACAGACUGGAAUGACUUAAAGGGAAUUGGGUCCGACUCUGGGAAUCUGGGAAGCAUGGCAGAAAUCUCUCUCACGCCGUUCAUGGGACAAGACAAAUAUUGCUUCUUAAAUCCCUCGCACCCUACUGGGUAAAUAACGAGCCGCCAUUUUAAAUUGUUGUUAGUCAUUUGGCUGGAGGAGCGAGCGGCACUCAGGCUCACCUUCUUCAUCCUCCUCCUCCUCCUCAACAUUGGCCCAUAGCUUGUGCUGCCAGCUUGUGGUGCCGGAACCGUCUCUCUGCCGCACCCUGAAAAGCCAAAGCAAACCUUUCUAACAUCAUGCCGUUCACGAAAUCGCGGCUUUCCGGGAUUUCGGUGGAACCCCGCAGUUUCCUCAGCCGGCUUUUCCUCAAGCUUCCAGGUGUAGCGGAGCCGGAAGCGGUCGUGUAGAUUUGCCCAGAAACGCCGUGCUUCCGAACAGGCGGAUCUCUGGGGCAACCCGUUCUCCAGCAGACACCGCUCGCGGCUUGUUUUCUCGAGCGACGGAAAGCCGAAUGAAGUCGCGCGGAAAACGAAUCGGAGGCUGGGAGGGAAAACCAGAACAAACUUGGUGUUUACGUUAAACUCAAGAGAAAGGCAGCCGGGGUCAUAAAAACUUAAGAUGUCUGACUCCCCCCCACCACCCCACCCACCCAGCACGGCCAGUCAGACAGCUUUAAGGAAAGCCCUGCCGCCUGGCACUCCUUCUUCGUUCGGUCUCCUUGGCGACUUGCCGGUUUGGCCCCCACCUUCCCACCUUCGACCUUUGACCUUUCGAUCUGGGAGACAAGCCCCUUUCUGGACUCUGUCUCGGCUGGAUCACCUUAACGCGCAGCCCUAAAAAAGUCGGUCCCUCUCCCACCGCCCCAGAAGACUUCACAAACUUCUGCUCUUUUCCCAUGAUGCACUGAGCCAAGCAAAACUCUCUGCACGAGGCUCUGCGAAUUAUUUUUGUAAACUUUAGACCAACACUGCACUGUAAAAUGCAGCAAGUAAAAGUGUUGAAAUUCUAAUUUGUGCUAGCUCUCUGCCAGGUGUGUACGUAGAAAUGCAUGUUAAAAUAAACUUAAUUAUAAGCCUAUGUUUUACCUGGUUAUACAGAAAAUAAUAAUAAAGAAGACAGAUAUUAUUUCUGUAUCCUCUUUUUUGUGACUGUAAGACAGGAUCCCUGAGGCUUGGUUUUGUGAGUGAUCCACACACCAACAUUUCCACUGUUUUCCUCAUUGAAAAAGCACAGCGGAAUAGCUGAUAGCUGACAGCAGUGAGUGCUGUGGGGAAACUGAAAGGAUAGAAAACAGAUUGGCCAGCAUUAAGGACUUAAUGGAACCUUGAAACACCGAAGCAAUGAUUAAUAAAGACCUUCUUAGCUUCUCCUGUUUUUUUUUUUAAUAGUGUAUCUAGUUUGCUUGGACUAAGGUUAUCGCCUUUUUCAAAGCAGAUUAUCGAGAGCCAUUAAGAGCUGCUGCAGGAUGAGCAGGUGCUGUGCUGGCGCCCUCUACUGGGCCUGUCUUGGCAGACCGUCUUGGUGCUCAGAGACCCCCUCUCAGAGAAUCACGAAUCGUUCUUGUGAGUUGCGAAUACAGCCCCAACACAUACACUCGUCAGCCGACAAAUUAUGAAAAAUAGCAUAUUUUUUCACGGAUUCCUCGGGCUCAAGCUGUCAGCUAUCGCUUAUUCCCCAAAUGCACAACUUCUUUGUUUUUCUUAAAGGGGUUUUAUAUUUGUUGCAAUGAUGAGUCACAGACCAGCCUGAAGGAUUCCUGAGGUCCUGAGAUAAUACAUAUAAAAAGCCUUUAAG